UUCUCCCAGCUUGACGUUUUUUUCAAACCUAUUGAUCAUGGAACAGUUCAUGGGUGUAGCUCCAGAAGGCAUCGUUCAUACCGUAUUUGGCACCGUGAAGUACGGUAGUGAUAGAUGAGGGGGCGGUGGUAUCUUUUUGGACCGCGGAGUCAAUUUGGUUUUGAACAGCGCGUCACAAAUGACUUGCAGUUAGCAGAGGUCCCAUUUCAUUGUUGGCCUUUCGUCUGGAACUUGGACUCUGAAGUGGGUACAAUCCUCCAGACAUGGUGGUUCAGUGGUUUUUUUUAUUUUUUUAAAGCUGGCUUUAAAAUCGUUGAUGUUGUACAGGUGCACGUUUCCAAUUCAACUACUGUGCCUGUAUCUACUAUGUAAUAAAUAUUCAGAUGUGUGUUCUCGUGGGAAGCUGAUUCGGGUCGGUAUGUAAUUCGUUCCUUAUGCUCGUUGUAGUAUUGUGGCAUUAGGCAAGUCUGGGUACUUGCUGUGGUUUAUCCAUUGUUAUUGCUGAUCUCCAGUUUGAUAGUCCUUUGGAAAAUGUACUUGUGGUUCUUAAAUAAGUGUAGACAACCUAGAUGGAAUAAAUUAAAGCUUAUGAUACAUCUGUUCUAUACCUAAUGUGUAAAUUAUAACUAAUGCUUUCUAAGAUUUAAUCAACCUGUUUUAAUCUGUAACUGCUGUUUUGUCUUCCAUUGCCCCGGAAUGGUGUCUUCAAUGAAUGAAGGGUUGUGCGGUUGUUGAGUUUAGGACUGAAGAGCUGAUGAAGGCUGCUGUGGAGAAGGUCAAUAAGCACAACCUCAAUGGGAGGCCUCUUAAAGUGAAAGAGGACCCGGAUGGAGAGUUUGCUCGGCGUGCUGCCCAGCGGGCGCAGGGAGGCGGGGGGCCCCCUGGCGGGAUGGCCAUGGGAAUGGGCAUGGGCCCGGGCCCCGGUGCCCCUCCUCCCCCCAUGGUCAACAUUCCCCCCAGCCUCAUGGACAACCCCAACAUCCCCAGCGAGAUCAUCCACGGCCUUCAAGCUGGCAAGAUUGGGAGCACGGUUUUUGUUGCCAAUCUGGACUACAAGGUUGGUUGGAAGAAGCUGAAGGAGGUUUUCAGCAUGGCUGGUGUUGUACUGCGUGCUGAAUUACUGGAGGACAAGGAUGGAAAAAGCAGGGGAAUGGCCACAGUGACCUUUGACCUGCCCAUUGAAGCUGUGCAAGCAGUCUCUAUGUUCAACGGUCAGCUCCUGUUUAACAGGGUCAUGCAUGUUAAACUGGAUGAAAAAUCUGCACCAAAAGAAGACUUUGGGCCCCCUGAGGGACCUUCUUCUCUCCCCCGUGGUUUAAGUGGCAUUGGGCUCGGACUGGGACCUGGUGGCCAGCCCAUUGAUAGGCACCAGAUAAACAGAGGUGGCAGUGGUGCUGGAGGAAUGGGCAACAUGGGGCCUGGAGGAAUGGAUGGUAUGGGCUUUGGUGGCAUGGGCAGAAUGGGGGGAGGGAUGGAUAAUUAUCGUGGUGGAAUGAACAACAUGGACCACUUUGGACCCUCAGGAAUGGGCAGGAUGAAUGGUAGCUCAAUGGGCAUGGAUCGAAUGAGCUCCAGCAUGGAUGGCAUGGGCUCCGGUGUAGGCCGCAUGUCAGGAAUGGACCGCAUGGGGAUGGACCGGAUGGACCACAUGUCUGACCUGGACAGGAUGGGUCCUGGCUAUGACCGUAUGGGGUCUGGGCUGGACAGGCUGGGGCCCAGUGUCGACCGCCUGGGAACCAGCCUGGACCGCAUGACCCCCAACGUCGACCGGCUUGGCCAAGCCAGCUUCGACCGCCUGGGCCCAUCCAGUUUGGACCGCAUGAGCGCCGGGAUGGACUUCAUGUCCCCGAUGGGCAUGGACAGGAUGGGCUCGGGCCUGGACCGAAUGGGCUCCAACUUCAACCGCGCCGGGUCCGCUGGCAUCGACCGCUUCCCCAGCGCCGGGAUGGACCGCAUGGGCUCCACCAUGGACCGCAUGGGCCCCUCGAUGGACCGCAUGGGCCCUGCCCGUGUGGGGGGCCAGUUCGACAGGCCUGCUGAGAUGGAGCGUGGAAACUUUGGGAGCCCCUUUGGUGGAGCAGGAGCAGGUGGGCCAGGGGCAGGUGCCAAUCCCAGGAAAGGCUGCCAGAUCUUUGUCAGAAAUCUCCCCUUUGAUUUCACCUGGCAGAUGCUGAAGGAUACCUUCAACUCCUGUGGCAUUGUCCAGUAUGCUGAUGUCAAAAUGGAGAAUGGCAAGUCAAAGGGCUGCGGUGUGGUCCGUUUUGAGAACCCAGAGACCGCCGAGAGGGCCUGCCGGACCAUGAACGGCUACAGGUUGAAUGGGAGAGAGAUCGACGUCAGGAUCGACAGAAAUGCCUAAUCCCCUUCAUGACAGAAAUUCCUGUUGUCUUCCCCAUACCAUCUGUUCCCAUGUUUUUUUAGGCAUUUGAGUUUUGCAAGGAAUAUGUACUUUUUGUUUUUGCUUGCUCGAGUUUUUAGUGACCAAAUCUUAUUUUACUUUUCUUUUUUUUCUUUUUUUAAACCUCAACACUUUGAAUUAAUUUCAUUGCCUUUCCUAUGUAAGGUGUUUUGAUAAUAAAUACCAGUGUAUGAA